AUGGCGCCCCGUGGAAAGAUUCGCUUGAAGCUGACGCGAAGCGCCAAAUCAGAGAGCACGCCAAAGUCAUUCGCAGACCUCGAAGAUGAAGCUAUGCCCGAUGCCGGAAACAGUCCCUUGGACUCCAAGCGACAGCAGGUGCCCGACCCGGAUGAUGAGAAGGACGAGGAUCACCAGCCAAAGGAAGAGUCGGGGGAUGAAGAUGAUGCCGCCGACGUGGCUGAAAAGGACGACGAAUCCGUCAAGGAACCUACGCCUCCCCCUCAGCUCAUGGUCCGUCGCAAAAGGCUUGGUCGUCCUCCUAAGAACAGACCUCCCGAUUGGGAUAACAUGAUCUCUGUUCCCGCCGACGAAGCCAACACCCCGCGACGCCGAGGGAGAGGUGGAUGGCGAGGUAGGGGUGGUCGUAAAGGAGGACCUGCUGCACCCAAAGCCGAGCAAGUUAUCGACCAGGAGGGAACUGUUGCCGAGAUCGCAAACGAUGAGUGCGUUUUGCCCGAAGAUGCAGAGGGUGAGACCAAGGUGGACAAGUUGGGCAACCUCCAGGGCGGACGUGAUUAUCGAUGCCGAACUUUCACGGUUACCGGUCGUGGGGACAGGCUCUACAUGCUUUCUACAGAACCAGCUCGAUGCGUUGGCUUCAGGGACAGUUACCUUUUUUUCACAAAGCACCGCAAACUCUACAAGAUUAUUGUGGAUGACGAUGAGAAGCGGGACAUGAUUGAGCGAGAUAUCAUCCCUCACUCGUACAAGGGUCGUUCCAUAGGAAUCGUAACGGCGCGAUCGGUCUUUCGCGAAUUUGGUGCUCGCAUCAUUGUGGGUGGAAAGCGCAUCAUCGACGACUACAACGUUGCCCAGGCUCGCGCUGAUGGCGCCGUCGAGGGCCAGCUUGCGGACCCAGAUGAUCAUUUCGUCGAGGGAGAGCCGUACAACAAGAACCAGUACGUUGCGUGGCACGGAGCCAGUGCCGUGUACCACACGAAUGUCCCAUCAGUGCCGGUUCCCAAUGGCAAGAUCGAGUCAAAGAAACGCAAGGUAAAUGUCAACGACAUGAAUUGGAUGUUGGAACAUGCCCGUGAAGCCAGCACAUUCAAUGCCGGCAUCAACGCCAUCAGAAAGCUCAACAAUGCCGGUGUGUACGACAUUCACACGAAUGUGAUGCAGUACCCAACAACAAUGCAGCCGACGCGGGCACGCAUUGAGCAAGUCGCCCCAGAGGACGAGCAGGCCACCGCAGACAGCGCCAUCUUCCCCCCAGUCCCUACAAAGAUGGCGCGCAACUUCUUCGUUGCAGACACAUACUUUGAGACAUCAUCGGCGGGCGUCAUUUCGGCGUCUGCAGUGGACGGUACCGCAGGUUCACCAGACUUCCUUGCUUCUUUCCAGGGAUUGAGUGCUGUAUCGGAUGAGAUCAAAGACCUGUUGCCCCCGGAGUGUCGUGCGGCUUUCGAUGGCGCCGUGGCAAAGGAGGCAUCAUAUCGGUCAAAAUGGGGCCCUGAGAGCGAAACAAUGUCGCGCCGUCAACCCAUUAUCGACAAGGCAAUCGUGCCCUACAGCAUGAGUUGA